AUGAAGGGACAUCCAUCAGAAGAGGAUGACGUCACUGUUACUGUGACUUCCAACCAAUAUUGUGACAUGCUGGAGAAUAUUUUGCGUCCCAAAAUGGAAGAAUACGAUACAAGUGGUUUUUGGUUUCAACAGGAUGGAGCCACAGCCCAUAUGACUCGUUCUCGCACCAUUUUGACAGAGAUGUUAUCCGGUCAAGGUUUGACUUCAAGCCAAGCUAAAGUCAUAUAUGAUCGUGAUGGACCUAAUGCUUUAACACCCCCAAAAGGAACACCAGAGUGGGUGAAGUUUUGUAAAAAUUUAUUUGGAGGUUUUGCCCUUCUUUUAUGGAUAGGUGCAAUCCUGUGUUUUGUUGCCUAUUCCAUUCAAGCUGCAUCAUUUGAGGAACCUCCUGAUGACAAUCUCUACCUCGGUAUUGUGUUGUCGGUUGUUGUAAUCGUCACAGGUUGUUUCUCCUAUUAUCAAGAAUCAAAAAGUUCAAAAAUUAUGGAAUCAUUUAAGAAUAUGGUACCUCAGUAUGCAAUGAUCAUUCGAGAUGGACAAAAGACAACAUUACCAGCAGAAGACGUUCUCUACCUCGGUAUUGUGUUGUCGGUUGUUGUAAUCGUCACAGGUUGUUUCUCCUAUUAUCAAGAAUCAAAAAGUUCAAAAAUUAUGGAAUCAUUUAAGAAUAUGGUACCUCAGGAACUGGAAGAGGCAUUGUUAUUAAUACAGGUGAUAGAACAGUAA